AUGGAUAAUCCAUUGUCUCCUCGUGCAAGCUCUUUUAGUAUCGCAUCAUUGAUUACGUCAGAUAGUUGUGAUGAAAAUACAAUUUAUGCUGCUACAUGCCAAGAUAAUGAUAAAAUAUAUUUAAAUAAUACAAAUAUUUUAAAAUCUCUAUCAACUUUAAACGAACAUAAUGGAUUAACAGAUUUAUCAUCUUGUAUUCCACCAACAUCAACAAAACAAAAAUCAAAUAAUCAACAUAAUCAAAUUACAAAUUUACAAAAAAGUUUUACAACAAUUAGAAAUAUGGAAGAUUACAUUCAGAAUGCCACAGAAAAAAUAAAAUCCACGGCAUCAUCAAAUUCUGAUAAUUCGUUAUUAAAAUUAGAUAAUAAUAACAAUCAAGGCGUCGUUGGUAGUUUGACUGAUAUCAAUAAUGAAAUAAAAAAACCGUUACAUCCAAAAUUAAACAAUAUACGUCUAGUUAUCGAAUCGAAAGAAUUAUGGGAUGAAUUUGAUCAAUUGGGAACAGAAAUGAUUGUUACAAAAGCAGGAAGUGCAACGUACAUGUUAAUGGUCGAUUUUGUUCCACUUGAUGAUAAACGUUAUCGAUAUGCAUUUUACAGUUCAAGUUGGGUAGUUGCUGGUAAAGCCGAUCCUCAUUGUCCGGGUCGUGUUCAUGUUCAUCCUGAUUCACCACAAUCUGGUGCAUCAUGGAUGAAAAAUUUUGUCGUAUUUGAUAAAUUAAAAUUAACAAAUAAUUUACUCGAUGAAAAUGGCCAUAUAAUUUUAAAUUCAAUGCAUCGUUAUCAACCACGUAUUCAUUGUGUUUAUUUACCACCACCAAAAUGUGAUGAUUUUAUUAUUGGACAAACACAAAAUUUUCGUACAUUUAUAUUUCAAGAAACAAAAUUUAUUGCUGUUACUGCAUAUCAAAACCAUCGCAUAACACAACUAAAAAUUGCUAGUAAUCCAUUUGCAAAAGGAUUUAGAGAUUGUGAUCCAGAUGAAUGUGUUGCCGAAGUUUUAAGUCAUAUAAAUUCAAAUCAAAGACUUCUUCGUUCACAUCCAAAAACUACAAACUCCAAUUCUAAUAAUAAUACAAUUCAGAAUAAUAUUGGAAAUAUUGAAACAUCGAAUUCAUUACAAUUAUUUAAUGCUGUUCGAGCGAGAUCAGCAUUAAAUUCAUUCAUGCAAGAUCCACGUGAUACAUUGACACCAACAACAUAUUCUGCUCUAGUUGGAAAUGAUUUAGCCGAAGCUAGUUAUGCCGCUAAUUCAGCUGCAGCUGCAUCAGCCUACGUUUAUUCACAAUUAUCAGAUUUGAAUUAUCCAUCAUCUCGAAGUUCAUCUUGUUCUUCAUCAUCAACAACAAUACGUAUAAAUCCUUAUUCACGAAAUAGUACCUAUCCAAUGUAUACUCACAAUAAUGUUCAUUCACCAUCAUCAACAAAUGGAUUUUAUUCAACAACUAAUUCACAAUCAUUAAGUUCAUCUGAAUAUUCAUAG